GAUUUCUGCAGCUUUGUCAUUUGGAUCAAAAACUACUAGAUGUAUUCCGAGUAGGUGCAAAGCCAGUCUUACAACAUUAGAAACUUCUUUGUGUAAAUACAUUUCAAAAAGUCACUAUGCCAUCUCUGGUGCACCUACAUAUCUUGCAUUAAGAUAUUGUUUAAUCUCAUCUGGCUCAUAUCCAAAUCGUAUAGUAGUUCGAUCAUGGCUUUUAUAA